CAAAUAUUUGUUCAUGGUAACUCACUCGAAUCAUACCUUGUCGGUGUAAUUGGUUUAGAUCCAGCAACAAUUGGUGGUUACUUGAAAGCUAGAUUUAGUGAUGAAAUCAGUGACAAGAAUGAUAUUCUUCGUUUCUUGAACGACCCCAAGAACAAGAAAACGUUUCUUUUAGACAUCAAUGCUGCUGUCAAGGACCAAUUGCAAGGAUUCGAGAGAUUGCACAAUGUCGAAAUAUACUUUGACCCAUUAACGGUAGAGAGAGAAGUUGUUACACCGACACAAAAGAUAAGAAGACCUAUUUGCACUAAGUUCUUCGAAAAGGAUUUGAAUAAGAUGUAUAAUGAGGGGUCCAUUUUGAGAAAUGAGANAAAAUUAUAG